GGGGGGGAUUGGGUCUAAAUGGGUUAAACAUGGAUGCGAGUUCAGGCGUGAGUUGGAAACUCGUCCCGAAACCGAAGUUGAAAAAGCCUUAGCUCCUCUGGUUUCAAGCGGGAGGUUAUUAUGCCCAGCGUAAACGUGUCUGUGCGAAGUUUGUCUGAAGUAGAGAAACACCUCAGCAGCCGGAUGGACCGGAGUACUGAGGGCGGAUUUCUCAACUUGCCUGUGUCAAUGCGUCGAGGCUCUUCAGAGAACAAUCUGGAUGUGGACCUUAGCGAUGGAAGUUCCCGCACUGCUUUUGGCUUGGAGGUCCAGCGGAGUCGUUCUUGCUUGGACAGCCUCCAGCAGAAGAUACUAAAAGUCACAGAACAGCUGAAGAUUGAGCAAACGGCACGAGAUGAGAAUGUAGCUGAGUAUCUGAAGCUGGUGAACAGUGCAGACAAGCAGCAAGUUGGGCGCAUCAAGCAGGUGUUUGAGAAGAAGAACCAGAAGUCAGCUCAAAACAUUGCACUGAUGCAAAAGAAGCUGGAGAGUUACCACCGAAAAAUGAAAGACAGUGAAUUCUAUCACAGCCCAUCCAGUCACCCUCCCCCAGUCAAACACAGCACCUUACCCAGGGAGUCACCCAGAGAGCUGUUGAAGGACAUGACUGGCAGUGGCCGACACCCAACCAUGGACAAGAUCAAAACUAUCGGGCCAGGUGUUUCUCUUUCCCCUCCUUUUUUCUUCAGUAAACCCAGAGAAUUUGCCAACCUCAUCAGGAACAAAUUUGGCAGCGCUGAUAACAUUGCACACCUCAAAACCUCUCUGGACGCUUCCUCCCCACUGGCCACUGACAGUUCAGGACAAGGGCUGAGCAGCAGUACCUCUUUGGUAAGCAAGCCCAAGUAUCCCAGUGAUGAUGAGUGCUCCUCUGGUAGUGCCUCUAUAUCAGCAGACAGCAACGGGAAUCCAGCAAUGGGAGGAGUGUCUGUAGGCCAGGCCAGUCAAGGCCUUGGCCAGAGCAACCUGGACUUAUGCUGGGAGGAGGUGAGGGAAAUCAAAGAUGCCCAAACCCAGCUGGAGGAAGAUAUCGAAGAGAUAAAGGCACAGUUCAAGAAAGAGUAUGAUAUUAUCAGCCAAACACUACAGGACGAAAGAUACAGGUAUGUACAUUUGGAAGGCCAGUUGAAUGACCUGACCGAACUUCAUCAGAAUGAAAUGGCGAAUCUGAAGCAGGAACUGGCCAGUGUAGAGGAGAGGGUGGCCUACCAGGCUCAUGAAAGAGCCAGGGACAUACAGGAAGCCCUAGAGUCGUGUCAGACUCGCGUCUCCAAGCUGGAGCUCCAGCAGCAGCAGCAGCAGCAGACAGUCCAGCUCGAGAGCCCCGACGCCCGGGUCCUGCUGGGGAAGAGCAUCAACAUCAUGCUGGCAAUCAUUACUGUCAUCCUGGUGUGUGUCUCUACUGCUGCCAAGUUUGCCGCUCCACUGAUGAGAAGCCGAUAUCAUGUGGUAGCGACCAUCCUGGGGGUGUGUUUUUUGACCAUAUUCUGGAAGAACUGGGACCGGUUACAGUAUGCCAUAGACAAGCUGCUGGUGCCGGUUUGAUGGCGAAGAGAACACUCUUAGAACACCCAUCAAACACAAGUGCUGUCAGUCAUCACAAUUACUGUCGAAGAGGAUUGGUUGUACAAUCUUCAGCAGACAUGGUCACCAUUCAUUUGUAGAAACUGAUGGGUUUUUUUUAAACACACUGAAAUUAAAUUUCAAUUUUUUCUUUCUUUAUUUUUAUUUCUUUAGAACUUGAAUGUGUGCAACUAACAGUUUGAUAUGAAUUUUAAAAUAAUAAAUUUUCCUAUUUCCUGAG